AUGCGGAAUGGAACUAUGCAACUUUUGACUACGUUGCUCUUGGCCAAACAUUAUAACCUUUGCCCCAUUAUAUCUAACCCUCCAUUUUGGACCCCAACAAUUCUUGGAAUGAAACGUCAGUUACCACCAUGGAUGAUGCCAAAAGUUGUUGCUUCCAGCCAUGUAACUAACUCUGCCAAUGUUGUUGAAGCUAAUUGUUCUACACAAAAUGGUGACAUUAGUGCGGUCAAUGCGGGGAAAAUUGAUCACAAGAAGGUAGCAUCAAAGAGAAAGUUAAAUUCCAAAGCAAAAUGUGAGGAUAAGGGAAAAGUGAAUCAAGAUCAACGGAAUGAAAGUGGCGAUAAUGUUACUGAAAAGAAGAAGAAAAAAAGCAUUGUGUCUAGGGACAGUGCUCCUAGACGUUCUACUAAGAAAGGAAAAGCUUUAGAGGAUCUCGGCCGUGAUAGUAGUGAUCAUGACCAUGAAUGUCAAGUUCAAGCGUCUAGUGACGAUGAUGAUGUGGAGUUGACUGUUGAAGAUUUAAUGGCCAUUGCUGAACAGUAUGUCAAAGAUUACAAGGACAAGGAGAUGCAAGAAGCUGUAGGUAGACAGGGCGAGCAAAAAGGGCAAUUGCUGGCCACAAUGGAAGCAGCAACUACUCUUGAUUCUUCGCGUGAGAACAAAAAAUCAUCUAGUUUGGAAAGGGACGAUUUAUAUACUUUUGCUCCAACAGCUGGCGAGGUAAUUCCUACAAGCACAUCUCAAAUAGAUCAUCCUGCUCAAAACAUGCUGGAGGUGUUCUUGGGUCCAUUGUUGAAAACAACCUUGGAGAAGGAGGAGAACUGGAGAAGAGAAAAUCUGUCUUAG